UCACUUUCAAGGAAAAUGAGAAACACUUGUUACAGUGAACUUAAGUAUUGAUUGACUUGUAAAAGAUGUGCAGGCUGACAUUGCUCAUCAAGCUGUUGCUGUUGCAUUAUGCGAGCCAGAGUAAAAUCGAUAUCAAAAGAAGCUGCAAUGAAGAUGUCUCACUUGAGUGUCCAGUUGCUGAAAAGAGCAAUUUCCUCUCUGUGGCAUGGUACAAGGUAAACAAUGGGAAUAAACAUGGCAUUAUCAGGAGGGGAAAGGAUGAGGAACCAAUGUACUACAACUUUUCUCGUGAGGUCACAUUUGGGGAGAAGCAGAAUCUACUUCUGCGUAAGGUUUUACCUGCCGAUUCAGGCGAUUACGAGUGUGUCAUCAGCGCAAAUGUAGGGGGUCAAAACCAUAAUCACAAAGUCAGCCUGAUCGUUGAUGAGUGCGUGCCCACAGCUCCACUGACAACACUGAAUUAUUUGAACACAACAUUGACAACUCCGACCAGUCCGCCCUGCCAGACACAAGUCCUGGACCUGCCGGUCACGUGGAGCACAGCUGGCUAUGCGGCAGUGGCCCUGGCCAAAAUAGUUCUGUCUCUAAUCGUCAUCUGGAUUAUUCAUCUCAGAUCUUCAAGGCAACGAUAUAAUAGGUGGCAUAGCUGAACCAACAAUACAGACCCUCUACACACACCCUUCCACGCGAGCGGGGAAUUUUUUUCUUUUUAAUUUAUUCUAUUUCUAAAUGAGUUUUGGAAGACUUGUGUAUUUUUUUUUUUUACAUGUAAAUUGUAACAGUUUCUGAGACCUCUACAUAAUGAAUGUAAAUUUUCAAAUGUAAUAAACAAUAAACA